GUUUCCGGUUCCGGGUCAGGUUUUCCCGCGCCUCUUUGGUUAGCAGUGAAAGCUGUCAUUUUUUACCUGUAUCGCUUGUGUUUUAUCAUAAUAGUCUAUUAAAUUAAAUUUUAGUCUCGUUAGUUUGCUGUACCGUGUUGGCAUACAAUUCGGUCUUUUGCUGUUCAAAGUGCCUCAUUAAUUUAGCUAACAAAGUUUAUAAGCCGCUUGAAAAUAAUGCCAACCACCGAUUACGACCCAGGCAGUUUGCCUGACCUUCUGCCUCUGUAUUACAAACGACUUUUCCCAUUUUCUCAGUAUUAUCGGUGGCUGAACUACGGAGGAGUGACAAAGAACUACUUUCAAAAUCGGGAGUUCUCUUUCACGUUGAAAGAUGACAUCUACGUAAGGUACCAGUCUUUCAGCAAUCAGAGUGAGCUGGAGAAGGAAAUUCAGAAGAUGAACCCAUACAAAAUCGACAUCGGCGCUGUUUAUAGUCACAGGCCGAAUCAACACAACACCAUCAAGUCCGGUGUCUUCCAGGCCCUGGAGAAGGAGCUGGUUUUUGACAUUGACAUGACGGACUAUGACGACGUCAGACGCUGCUGCAGUGCUGCUGACAUCUGCUCCAAGUGUUGGACUUUGAUGACAAUUGCCAUUCGCAUCCUGGACAGGGCACUGCGGGAGGACUUUGGCUUCCGGCACCUGAUGUGGGUUUUCUCCGGGAGGCGAGGGGUGCACUGUUGGGUGUGCGACGAGGCCGCCAGGAAGCUGUCCGCCGCAGGCCGUUCUGCCGUCGCUGAAUACCUCAGCCUCAUCAAGGGAGGAGAAGACACUGUGAAGAAGGUGCAGCUUUCAGAUCCGGUUCAUCCUUUCAUCAAGGAUUCGCUUAAGCAGAUCGAGCAGCACUUCGAAAAGUAUGCACUGGUGGAGCAGGACAUCCUGGGCAGCAAGGAAUCUGCAGACAAAGUGUUGGCGCUGGUGCCUGACGAAGUUCGGAAGGAGCUGCAGGCUGUCUUCCAGACUGAAAGGAGCCCCAUCGUCCGAUGGAGGAAGCUGACAGCCGCUGUGCAGGCCAUGGGGACUGCAAAAAAGGGCUUCUAUGGCGACAAGGAGAUCAUGCUGCAGUACUGCUACCCGCGGCUGGACGUGAACGUCAGCAAAGGCGUGAACCACCUGCUGAAGAGCCCCUUUAGCGUCCACCCCAAAACAGGACGGAUUUCAGUGCCCAUUGACCUGAAGGCCAUAGACAAAUUUGAUCCUUUUGAUGUCCCCUCUAUAACCAUGAUCUGUGAAGAGCUGGACCGGCCCAAAACGGCAGAGGAAAAGGGGGAGGCCACGGCAAGACAGACUGAGAACAACGGGGAGCAGCGCAAGGUUCGAGACUACAAAAGAACAAGCCUAGCAAAGUAUGUGAAGCUGUUUGACCAGUUUGUGGAGGAAAUGGAACAGUGUCGCAAGGGGGAGCUGCUGAGGAAGAGCGAUCUCCAGAAGGACUUUUAGACGGCGAGCUGAAGAUUACAGAAGACGGAGAUGGAAGGAAGGGAGUUCUGUUUUCCACGUUUUGUAGGCUUGCGAGCAUCGCCUUUGCCUGCGCCUCUCCAAACUCCAGCAAUAACUCGGCAGUGGCCAAGAGAUUUGGCUUGUUGCAAAAAGAUAGUUAGGGAGCCUGGAGCACUUGUACAGGAACAGGCGUUCUGAAGGUUUGGUAAUUGCAGCGUCAUUGAGAUUUUCCGCAGUUGCACAAGACAUGACCCAUUAAUCGAUUGCUUGGCUAUAAUAAGGAAAGAAAUUAGUGAUUUCAAACGUGAGUAACCUAUUCGCUACCAUGCCUUAAGUGACCGGAAGCUGGCUGUGAAGUUUGAAAGAGAAGACCAGUAGGUACCGCAACUCCAGACUGUGUAAGAAUUUGCUUCUUAGCUAUCAAAUGUAAGGGGGGCUUUCUGAUUGGUCAUUUUAAACUGAGGUUCUUUGAUAGCCACAUUUAAACUGUUUUUUUUUUUUUUGGAUGGAUGAUGUGUGGAGUUCCUGCUGAGAAAUGUAGAAAACUAAAGAGACAACAGUUUUUUACAUUCCCAAUAAACGUAUAUUCUGUA